AUGUGUCACUUGCGUUCUGCGGAGGUAAAAUCGACUGUGAAGUCGAGAAAGAUCUAUGCUUAUAUUGUUAAGUUGAUUGGAUUGGAGAGGACUUAUGGUUGA